AUGAAGCUCUACCUCGCGCUCCUGACUUUACUUCCUACUAUCCACGCAGCAUGCUACACUCCUCCCAAACCACAGACGCACGAUUCAAAGCCCCAAUCCAACACGCCAAAAAAACGCGCCGCGUCACCUCAAGCCCAGACAGAUGAUUUACUUGACGCCCUCCCUUUCGACCCCCUCUCCGGCCCCAGCGCCAUAACAAUCGACCUCCCCCCACAGUUCCUCCCUCCCCCCUGGACGCCCACCUCCGGACUCGACUCGCCAUAUGGCGUCUCCCCCUGGGACGACAGCGGCAGCAGCCAAAUGACCGACAACAGCCCCAGCAUCUGGCGCCAAUGUCCCAAGAAACACCUCGACUGCAGGAAGUGUCCGCGCGACUGGCGGUGUCGGCGCGCCGUACAAGCUGCAGAUAUUGCGCCGGAAGAUGAUGGGAAUUCCAAGUGUCCGAUUGCGAAAUGCGAUGCUGGAGGUGUGCAGUGUGGCGUGAAAGCGCGGUGCACGAGGGGAUAUUGCGUUUGCGAUUUGGGCAUGACAGGAAGUUCAGAUGCGUAUAGGGGCACGGAGGGAUUGGGAAAGGCCACAGUGUAUGUUGGUCCUGGCGUUGAUUGCAAUACGCCGUGUGAUGGGUUGAGUUGUAAAGAGGUGGCGCAGUUGGAUGAUGGGGUGUGUUACAAGAGUGGGGAUACGAGUGAUGAGUUCGAGGAUGAGAAGGAACUGCCUGGACCGACGUACGGGGGUGUUAUGGGGAAUGUCACGAUUAAUGGGCAGACGUUUGAUCUUCAUGGGACGCCGCAGUAG